UGAAACUCGAUGACUCCGCCGCUCGGCUACCCUUGAACUUUGUGACGCUUAAAAUUUGUGACAUGCGGAGAAUAAAAGGUGUUUGACUGAGUUAUGCAGCUUCUCUCGUUAACGUGUCGGCCUCGCCCGAGGAACCCUGUUGGAAAGUAAGAGGAGCCUGUUUACUAUCUGGUAUGGCUGUCACCACCCUAAGAAGACUGAGGCUGAGGACAGCUGUCAGAUCUCUGUGUCCCCACAGCACCUUCUCAUCUCCAACCACAGACAGACUUUUAUCCAUUCGGCCCCACAGACCUUUUCUUUCACCCAGCUUAGGUCAGUGUGCCUUCUAUUCUCGGAGGCUCCAUCCCAGGUCAGACAGGGACAAAGUGUCCUCACCCACAAUCCCAGAGAGGUUACCUUUCUCAAAAAUAACUCAAGAGGAUUUGGCUUUCUUCAGGAAGAUACUACCUGGUAGGACCAUCACUGAUCCAGACGUGCUGGAGGCUAAUAAUGUUGACUGGCUUAAGUCAGUAAGAGGUUUCAGUGAAGUGUUGUUGAGACCUCAGACCACAGAGGAGGUAUCCCAAAUUCUCAGGUACUGUCAUAGCCGUAAUUUGGCCGUUAACCCACAGGGUGGCAACACUGGCUUGGUUGGGGGCAGCGUGCCGGUCUAUGAUGAGCUCAUCCUCUCCACUGCUCUCAUGAACAAUGUACUCUCCUUUGAUAGUGUCUCUGGUAUUCUGACAUGUCAAGCAGGUUGUAUCCUAGAGAACCUUUCUCUCUACUUGGAAGAAAGAGACUACAUCAUGCCGCUGGAUCUUGGGGCUAAAGGUAGCUGCCACAUUGGGGGCAAUGUGGCAACUAAUGCAGGUGGGCUCCGGCUGCUCCGAUAUGGCUCGUUACGAGGGACGGUGCUGGGUCUGGAAGUGGUAUUGGCAGAUGGGCGUGUGCUUGAGUGCUUGGCUUCUCUGAGGAAGGACAACACUGGAUAUGACCUCAAACAGCUCUUCAUAGGGUCAGAGGGCACAUUGGGGGUAAUUACCGCUGUGUCCAUCUUGUGCCCACGGAAACCCAAAGUUGUCAACGUGGCCUUCCUGGGCUGUGAGACCUUUGAGCAGCUGCUACAGACGUUCCAGCUCUGCAGAGGGAUGUUGGGAGAAAUCCUGUCAGCCUUUGAAUUCCUGGACAGCGAAUGCAUGAGACUGCUAAAUACGUACCUGAAACUACCCAAUCCUAUUACUGAUUCCCCUUUCUAUAUCGUCAUAGAAACGGCAGGCUCCAACCUGACACAUGAUGAGGAGAAGCUGCACACUUUUCUGGAAGAGGCCAUGACAUCAUCACUGAUCACCGAUGGAACUGUGGCAACCGAGGACACCAAAAUCAAGGCCCUGUGGUCAAUGCGUGAGCGCGUCACAGAGGCCCUGACCCACGACGGCUUCACCUACAAAUACGACAUUUCCCUCCCUGUGGAACAGAUCUACCAGCUGGUAACUGAUAUGAGGGAGCACCUCAGAGGCAAGGCCAAGAGUGUAGUGGGGUACGGACACGUAGGUGAUGGGAACCUCCACCUGAACAUCACUUCUUCUGCCAAAGACCCCACCCUCUUGGCAGCCAUUGAGCCUUUCGUCUAUGAGUGGACAGCUGGUUGCCAGGGUAGCAUCAGCGCUGAGCAUGGACUUGGCCUAAAGAAAAGGAACUAUAUCUACUACAGUAAACCCAGGCAGGCUGUUGAGCUGAUGGGCAACAUCAAGGCCAUGCUUGAUCCCAAAGGUAUCCUCAACCCUUAUAAGACCCUGCCAGAUAACCUGAACUGACUGCCAUGGAACCAAUUCCUGGUUUAUAUCCAUGCUCGGGAAAUGUUAUUUUUGCACCUAAGUUACAGGCAUAUGAAAUACUGAAAAGGUUAGUGUAUACACAUUUCAGUCAUCUUAGUUUUCACCUUCAGUGCGGAUAUAUAUGUCCAAGACAAGUUACACGUAAGUAAGUUGUCUACCAGUUUAGAAAGUCUGUUUGUUCAGACUGUCCUCAUUUAAAGCAAAGAUGGUGCUUCAUAGUCAUCCCUCUCCAUCAUUCAUUUUCACCAUCACCUCUGAUAUUUGCUUGAAUUGGCCCGACUUUGUAGAAGCCCAGGACUUAGACCAGAGGUGUGUGUGUGCGCAUGCAUGUGGCCAAACCUAGUUAUCUAAUGUUACCUCUGCUGCUUGGCUACUAGCACAGAUAGAAACUUAUUUCACUCCCUGUGCUUCCUUCCUGUGUUCAAUCAAUAAAGUAUCGUGU